AUGCCGCAGGUGGAACCUGAGCCCGAGACGUGGCCGGAGCAGAAGCCCAAGCUCACCAAGCGGGACUCCGCGACCGGGACCGAGUGGAACUGGGAAUUUGAGGAAUCAGAAUCGAAGGGCAAGCAGCCACCCCCGGGACCCCCCGCACCCCCAGGAUCCCUGGCGUCGGAGGGGGACGAUGCACCACCCCUGCCGUCGGAGGGGAAGGAUGCACCACCCCUGCGGACGGACGGGGACGACGCACCCCGGCCGGAGGGGGACGAUGCACCCCCGCUGCCAUUGGAGCCGGACGUUGCACCCCGCCUGCCGUUGGAGCGAGACGAUGCACCCCUGCCAGAGGAGGAAACCCCCAAGCCCAUAACCGUCAGCGGUCACCGGCGCCGCUGUCACACCGACUGCCUAGAGGCGCCGCUGUCCCGCGCCUUCCAGUGGCUGGGAUGGCAGGUGGGCGCGCACCCCUGGGUCUUCCUGCUGGUGCCCUUGAUGCUGACGGCCGCCCUGGGCACCGGCUUCCUGUACCUGCCCAAGAACGAACAGGAAAACCUAGAGUACCAGUACACCCCGGUGGGGAGCCCGGCCAAGGCGGAGCGGCGCUUCGUGCAGGGCCAUUUCACCACCAACGACUCCUACCGCUUCUCCCCCUCCAGGAGAAGCACGGAGAGCAAUUUCAUCUCGCUCCUGGUGGUCUCCUACAGCGACUCACUGCUGGACCCGGCCACCUUUACAGAAGUCAGCAAACUGGACGGCGCGGUACAGGAUCUGCGUGCGGCGCAGGAAAACGGAAGCCAGAUCCAAUACCAACAGGUGUGCGCGAAGUACAGGGCGGGCUGCGUGCCCCCCAAUCCGCUCCUGCACGCCUGGCAGGUGGACAAAACGCUCGACCUGAGCAGCAUCUCCUUCCCCAUUUACAACCACAGUGGGCACCCCCUCUACCUGACCGGCUUCUUUGGAGGACACAUCCUGGGGGGCAGCCUAGGAAUGGGCCAGUUACUCCUGCAGGCCAAAGCCAUGCGGCUGCUGUACCACCUGAAGACCGAGCUCCCUGAGGACGAUGUGCAGAGCAAGCAGUGGAUCAUCAAUUUCCUCGAUCAAUUAAACAACAUUAAGAAGAGCCUGGCCUUGAAGAAAAUUGAGGUGGUCCACUUUACAUCGGUUUCCAGACGACUGGAAUUUGAGGCAACUUCUCAGACAGUGGUCCCUUUGUUUCACCUGGCAUACGUCUUCAUUAUACUGUUUGCAGUCACAUCAUGCUGCAGGUUUGACUGCAUACGAAACAAAAUGUGUGUUGCAGCCUUUGGAGUGAUUUCUGCUUUCUUGGCAGUGGUGAGCGGCUUUGGCCUGCUCUUGCACAUUGGGGUGCCAUUUGUCAUCAUAGUUGCCAAUUCGCCAUUUCUUAUUCUAGGUGUUGGGGUCGAUGACAUGUUUAUCAUGAUUUCUGCCUGGCAUGAGACCAGCCUCGCAGAUGAUAUACGAGAGCGGAUGUCCAGUGUCUAUUCCAAAGUGGCAGUAUCCAUUACAAUCACCACCGUUACUAACAUCCUGGCCUUCUAUACAGGGGUUAUGAGCUCUUUUAGGGCUUCAUUCAGACAACAGAUGUCUUUUCCUCAAGGGAUAAGAAAAUAA